CGUGAGGUGAAGUGUUAAAGAUUAAAGCAAAAAGUCUCAUAUUGUUGGUUAAUGAGAUGAGUGAACUCCUUAUAAGGAUUGAACAAUCUUCCUCCCUUUGAGCUAGCUUUUGGAGUGUAAAUUAUAGGACUUGACCAAACAUCUCACGACACGAGCUGACGACAGCCAUGCAACACCUGUAUGAAAGUAAGUUCCAUCCCAUUAAGGACAGGUUUUCUUGUUCAUAUGUCAAGGGUUGGUAAGAUUUUGCUCGUUGUAUCGAAUUAAACCACAUGAUCCACCGCUUAUGCAGGCCCCCGUCAAUUCCUUUGAAUUUCGGUCUUUCAAUCGUAUUCCCCAGGCAGAGUGUUUUAGGUCCAAGACCACCUAAUUUAACAACUUUAUUUAAAAAUCUAACAAGUUUUAAAUAUUACACUUCAACUAAUUCCACUUAAUUUUAAUCAUAUUUUAAGUGACUCCUUAAUCAACUAAGAGUUGACAUUUCUUUCAUUGCAAACUCAAAAUUUCACCAAAAAAACAAGAAAUGAACUUGUUAUCAAUCAAUCUCUUUUCCUUAUUCAUCUUUCUUUUCCCACCUUUAAUCUACAUAAUCAAAAACUCAACGUUCUUGAAAAAACCCCAAAAUCUUCCACCUUCACCAUUCCAAUGGCCAAUAAUAGGCAACAUCCCAAAUUUCAUCAUAAGCAAAAAACCCCAUAUCAUAGUCACAAAAAUAUCCCAAACUCUUGGCCCUUUAAUCUCAUUAAAACUAGGAAAUCAGCUUGUAGUCUUUGGAUCUUCACCUGAAUCUGCUAUUGAAAUUUUGAAAAAUCAUGACAAACAACUCUCUGCUCGUUAUGCACCAAAAGCAACACCAAUAAAAGAAUCAGAUCUUAAGAGAUACUCACUUCUUUGGUCUACAGAGUGUAAUAGUCACUGGAAAUCUAUAAGGGUUUUGUGGAAAACUGAGCUUUUUUCAAGUAAAGCUAUGGAAUCAUAUGCUGAAAAAAGGGGAAAAGGGGUUGUUGAAAUGAUGAAUUUCUUGAAUUUUAAACAAGGUAAAGUUGUGAAAAUUGGGGAUCUUGUUUUUGGUAAUGUUUUUAAUGUUUUGGGGGAGAUUUGUUUUUCAAUAAAUAUGGUUAAGUUGGAAGAUGAGAGAGUUAUUAGUGAAAUGAAAGGGAAUAUUUGGAGGUUUAUGGAGUAUGGUACAACUCCAAUUUUAGCUGAUUUUUUUCCAAUUUUUGAUGGAGUUGUUGAUAUUCAAGGUAAAAAGAAGAAGGCAAAGAAGUGUCUUGAUAAUUUGUUUAAAAUUUGGGAAGGGAUAAUAAAGGAGAGAAGAGAAUCUUAUGUUGAAAAAAAUGGAGAUUUCUUGGAUUUAAUGCUUGCUAAUGGAUUUUCUGAUGAUCAAAUCAAUUACAUGCUUCUGGAAAUAUUUCCAGCAGGAACAGGAACAUUGACAUCCACAAUUGAGUGGGCAAUGGCUGAGCUAGUGAGGAACAAAGAAGUGAUGAAGAAACUCAACUCUGAACUUCAAAAUGGAUCAAUAAACUCAAACACCAUUCAAGAAUCAACAAUCUUUCAACUCCCUUAUCUAAAUGCUUGCAUUAAAGAAGUCUUAAGGCUCCAUCCACCAAUAGCAUUUCUACCUCACUAUGCAAGUGAAACAUGUCAAGUUAUGAACUACACAAUCCCAAAAAGUUGUCUAGUUUUUGUGAAUCUUUGGGCAAUUGGACAUGAUCCAAACCUUUGGGAUGAUCCAUUUUCAUUCAAGCCAGAGAGAUUUUUGAACACAAAUAUUGAUUAUAAAGGUCAAGACUUCGAAUUCUUGCCAUUUGGUGCUGGAAGAAGAAUGUGUCCUGGCUUGCCCUUUGCUACAAAACAAAUGCAUUUGAUUUUGGCUUAUUUGGUUUAUCACUUUGAGUGGUCUCUUCCAAAUAAUGGUGAUCCUUUGAUGCUUGACAUGAAUGAAAAAUAUGCUGUGCCAUUGCAGAGACAAAAUCCUUUGCUUCUUGUUCCUACUAAAUUAUUACUUUCUUGCGAGUUUCAUAUCUCAGACACUUAA